AUGAUGCCACAGAAGAUGAUGUUCGUGGGCAUUUGUCCCAAGGUGGAAAGGUGGAGUCUUUCCGCAUGGUUUUCGACAAGGAAACCUUACAACCGAAAGGCUACGGCUUCUGCGACUUUGCGGAUCCAGAUACCGCCAUCAAUGCCAUCAAGAUCCUCAGUGAGAAGGAAUGUAACGGCAGAUUGCUGCGGCUAG